UGGGGAAAGCCGCGGGGCCUGGCCGGCGGUGAAUAGCCCAGCAGCACCGACAGCCAGGCCGCUUCUGGGCUUCCCUACCAGCUGACCGCCUCGCCCAGCGCUGAGCUCAUCCCGGGCAGGCGCACCAGCCGGCGCGCCUUGGAGAGCCGGGUGGCCUCGCUGGGUCGUGCGCCUUUUCGGGGAAACCGAAACCGAAGCGCGUCGCUCCGCCCCAAAACAACCGCCUCCGCCGCCCCUCCGGACCCGGCUUCUUUCCCUCCGCCUUCUCGGGCCGAGGGAGGCGCUUGGCCGGGAGGCAGCGCCUGGUCGGCCCUGGGCUGGGAGCGCCCAGUGGGAAGGGCGCGGAGCUCGCUCGCUCGCCUUCUCCGCCCGGCGCAUUUACGCAGCGCCCUCGGCCCGGCCUAGCCGCUCGCUCGCUCGCUCUCUCGCUCGCCCCUCUCGCCGCCAUGAGGAAGCUCUGCCUGGGCACGGUGGGCGUGCUGUCCAUGACCCUGCUCGUCGCCAGCGUCGCCCUGCUCGUGGCCCGCGUCUUGCAGAAAGCCGUGGAGCUGCAAGUCCGACAGCAAACCGUGUUAAAAAAUGGUACAGAAUUUUUUGAAAUGUGGCAGGAGCCUCCGCCGCCAGUUUAUAUGCAGUUCUAUUUUUUUAACUUGACCAAUCCUUUGGAAGUGGUUCAAGGUGAACCUCCCAUUGUGAGACAAGUUGGACCAUACACUUACAGGGAACACAGGCUCCAUGUAAAUGUUCACUUUUUAGACAAUGGCACAAAAGUGUCUUCUCUGAAUCCAAAGACUUACUUCUUCGAGCCGGAGAUGUCCGUGGGGGACCCGGAAGCUCAUCUGAUCAGGACUAUAAACAUGCCUGCGCUGGUUGCAAUGAACAUGGCUACAGCAACGCCCAUGCGUUUCCCUGCAGAGAUCUUGCUCAUAUUAUUUGACGAAAACUUGUUCACGACACGCACUGUCCAUGAACUGCUGUGGGGCUACACAGACAAGCUGCUCAGCGCCCUACACAAAUUCCGCCCCAGUAUUGACCCAGACUUCGGCUUUUUUAAAAAGAUGAACGGGUCCGAUGAUGGCGAGUACAUUGUCCUAAGCGGGGAGAAGAACUACCUUGACUUCACGAAGAUCGUCAAAUGGAGAGGGAAAGACUCACUAGACUGGUGGACGUCGCCAACUUGUAACAUGAUAAAUGGAACCGACGGUGAUACUUUUCACCCAUUGAUAGACACUGGUGAAACCAUCUACGUUUUCUCGUCAGACUUCUGUAGGUCCAUGUACCUCACGUUUCAGAAGUACGUGACGGUUGAAGGGAUCUCAGCCUACCGGUUUUCGCCUCCUGAGAAGCUCUUUGCAAACGCCUCUGUCAAUCCAGACAAUGCCGGGUUUUGUGUGCCGGCAGGGAACUGCCUCGGGGCAGGGCUCCUGAACAUCAGCGCCUGCAAUCAAGGUGCACCAAUAUUUUUAUCACCCCCACAUUUUUACCUAUCCGAUGAUAAGUAUGUCCAGGACAUUGAUGGCAUGCAUCCGAAUCAGGAGGAGCACGAGACAUAUGUGGACAUAAACCCUUUGACAGGAGUGCUGGUCAGAGCAGCCCGGCGACUGCAGAUCAAUACUUACGUUGAAAAGCUACCUGAUUUUAUCCAAACAGGCAACAUCAAAACCAUGUUCCUCCCUGUGUUCUACGUAAACGAGAGUGUUGUGCUGGACAAAGCAUCCGUGGCAAAACUGAAGACUGUUCUUCUUGAAACUGCGGUGAUGACCAGUGUCCCCUAUAUUAUCAUGGCACUAGGGAUUCUUUUUGGUGCUCUGUUCGUUGCGCUUGUCUGCAAGCCCUUACGGGCGAGGGAGGAGGGCAGCGAAGGUUUAGUAGACACAGAGUAAGCACCUUUCCGCAAACGUUCAGCAGCUGUCUUGAGUCACAUGGCUUCCGAAGACGAGAGAGCGCCGCUCAUCCGGACAUCGUGACUCAAUUUCCCCAGCAACAACAAGAACAACACUUUUCAGAAAUGAGCUUAGUGAUGACUGAACUAUGCAAGCUGCUCUUAACUUCAACCACUACGCUGUACAACAGUCUCAACCGUCUCCCCUGCACACUAAUAUAUGUUAACAUUCUGUUUCGGGUUUUGCAGCAUUCAGGAAGGGUUUGCUUUGUGAAAAGUGGACUGCUGUUUGAAGAGUGGAGGUUGCGGUGCUGCCUUUUCUAAAAAGCUGGAACAAAGGCAACUUCCGUUGUCUUCCGAGAUUGCAAAAAGCAGCGUUCUAAUAUCCCUGUGUGGCUAUAGACACUUGCACUGGUGUUCUCCCAUUGACUCCCAUGGGACUGUAGUAGUGUAGGUGUCUGUGGAUCGGCCCCUUUUCUUUGCCUGUUUGGCGGGCCAUAGAAGUUUGUGUCAGUUGCAAUGGGUCCGUUUUUAUUUAUUAGAAUCACUAGGUACAAUCCUGUCCUUCAGUAACUUGACUUACUGCCAGCCUCUCUGACAUACCAGGCAUUUUAGUUUUCUCCUUGUGUCCAUUUUCACAUUGCACAGCUGGGAAUGUUUUGUCGGUCUAGCUAGCUCAUGAUCUUGAUCCUACGAUGCAAAGGGAGAUCUCCAGCCUCCAUCACAUUUUUCAUGGGUAUGGCUGCAGAACUAACACAGUCCACCAUUGUACCAUACUGCUCUGCAUCCAUUGGAUCAAUUUUGGAAUGGUUCCCCAUGAAUGCAUACCUGUGAAAGUGACCUGGAGCCCGUCUAGCAGCGCCACUUGGGAGUCACAGAUACCUGGUCCAGUGGGCUAUUUUAAAAAUGUGUCCAGUUCAGCACCUUUUAGGUGAAUUGGUGUGUCUUCCCACCGCCCACCAUGCAAAUGUUUUCUAAAAGCUGGUCUGUGGAUAGAAAAUGUUCCCCGAGAGCCGGCUCUCAAGUAUUUGAUAAGGAACACUAAGGGAGUGCAUUUGAAUCAGCACACCUGUAAAGAUCACUGAUAGCUCUUUUUCCAUGGGCUGCCUAAAACUGUCAAAGACGCGCCCCUCUUGCAUUCUCUGUGAGGUCUCCCUACAGACCAAACCAAGCCCUUGACAUGCUACCUCGAAGGGGCUAGGAAAUGUCAACACUGUCCUUUUGCCCUCGGCUCUGCCAGCAGGAGCCUCCCAUCAUUGCAAAAAUGCUGAAAGUGCAGGCAGGUAGAAGCAGCCAUCAACAGUAUCUU